GUGAGGCGUGAACCGGGCGCAAUUAAGGCGGUUAACGGAGUCGGGAAUAUCUGUCCGCCGGCGCGGCGGGCCAAAACCGGUACGAGCGUUCUCCAUGCGAUAUAGUGCGCGCCGCCGCAUCGCCGCCGUACCACCGUCACCACCGCCGUACCGCCGCCGCCGCCGACUCCUCCCUCGUCGCAUACAGCCUUCGGAAGGUGCAUACACCUCCUUCGCCUGAGCUGCCGGUCGCAGCUCCGUCGUCGUUCGUGCAUCCGCACGCCGAGCGUCCGUCGCGUGACCGUAUACGCGCGCGGGCAUCGAGCGUAUAACCCGUGGUGUGUCGGUGUGUGUAGGGGUUUGUGUACGUGUAUUCUCUCUCUUCCUCUCUCUCACCCUCUCUUCCUCUCUGUGUUUCUCAGUGUGCGCGUGUACAGGUGGAAUGUGCCACCGUGCGCGCGGCAUACGGAUGUACGCUGACGCGUAAAGCCAGCGAGGGGCGAGAUAAGGUCGAGUCGUGUGAGGUGUAAAGUGAUCCACGGAGAGGAUUCUCGUGAGGGAAAGAGGGACGUGCGGGAGGAAAACUCCGGGAAAAGUUUCUCGGUGUUUGGGACGUGGUAUAUACGUGGGGACCUAUACAUCUUGUACAUACUUAUAAUUGAAGCGUGAAAGUUUCCGAUGAAUGAAAAGCGAGGAAUCCGGAGUAAUAAGAAUUUUACAAAAAUUCGAAGGUCGAGGAAAUCGUAAGGGACAAGAAUACUUGAUUCGCGUAGGCGUAGAAUCGGCGUGGGAACAAGCACGAGGACGUCGCAUAUUGUCGGAAUGUUCAAGCGCGUUCGGGAACAGGAAAAGAUGCAGGAAAGUUAGUGGAAAAAGGCAGAAAAAUAUACGGCACGGAGAACGCGCUCUUCGCAAGGAGAUAGGCAUAAAUAUUUAAUGACAUUGCGAUUGGCGAGAUAUGAAGCGACGGGGUGUGGUAAGAGGAAGCGGGAUUGUGUGCGGAAUGUAGAAGCGUCUCGCGAAGGUCGGAUCAAGACUAGAACAUACGCGAUACUUCACAGGCGAACUGAGAUUAAAUAAAAGAAAAGUUGAAAGAUAAAGCCAGAAGGAAGCUGAAUGAGAAAGAUACUGAAGGCAGACUGGUAUUAGAGAAUAUCACCGGAAAUCCACAGAAAGUAUAUUGGACUAAGAAAGAAAUCUCUUCUGGAGAGUCUAUAAGUCGAAGAGCACGGUCAAUUGUAAAAGCGAAUGAAUCUGGGGAGAAUGAAGAGCGUUCAGCGUUGAGUUACGGGGAUCUUAGGAAAAGAUCGACGACGGUGUCGAUCGAAGAAUCGGGGGGAAAAUCGGGAAGGUCUCGGUGCUGCAGGAGGUGCGCGCAUUGAGAUUCUUCGCCCGUAUGCAGCUUCGUCGCGAGUCGCGCGAGCGUCCAUGAGGCUUGAGCGAAGGACGAGCCGUUGAGAGGUCCACGCCAUGAGAAUCCUCAAAACGCUACACUGGUCCCGAAGGCGUAGCGGUAGUGGCGUGACGGACAUACACUCUCAGCAACAGCAGCAGCAAUUGCAGUUGCAAGAGAACAACAACAGUAGCUCGCGCGACGCGAAGAAGCCGCAGGAGGGACUGGGGCCCGAUGAGAUGUGGGCCCCUGGCGCCCUGGGCCAUCAUCGGGAGCUACCUGUUGAUGUGCCCGACACCCUUCUACAAAAGGCCUAUCCCAACAAGGUAAAAAACUGCUCUUCCAAUUAUAGGAACGAGCUACAGCAUCGUCCCCGUAGCGCUAGCGACCUCGACCUCUCCCUAAACCUUAAAAACGAGACCCUUAAGACGCGCACCAUCGCGGACGGACGUGCUAGACGUGCUAGACUCGAAUCGAACGAUUGCGCGCACGACGUCACCGACGCGACGGCCAGGACGAUCAAUGUCCACAACGGUCUUCAGCCAUCCAUGCUGAAGAUCGAACUAAAUAUCGAGGACGAGGAGGAGAAAGUGAAAGCCACCAGGAAGAACCUGGGGCUCGACAACUAUCGCGAUAGCCCGAUUGCGACCGGCUCGCCGGACUUGAAGAGUACCUUUAAAGCUUUCGAGGUGUACGCGAACGUUGACGAGGACGCGGGCGGGCAGAAGGAGUCCAGCGUCGAUAUCGAGGACGACUACCCCUUUGCCAAGGAGGAUUAUCCCACCAUGCUGAAAACGUGCAGCGACGAUUCAGCGAGUCCGAGGAGCUCGUCGGGUAGAUCGGACAGCACCGCUCCCCUUGAUACCAGCCUGAUGCUCAGGCAUAGCAAAAACCACAAGGACUCCCCGACUUACGACGUCCGAAGGAUAGAUCUCGGCUCUCCGUGUAGAUCGGUGAUGCCCGACAUCAAGGUAGCCCCGCUUUUCGGCCGUAGCCGAGACACGACUUCCUUUGACAAUCCGGCUUACGGACUGACGGACUUGCAGGAUCUUCAGGGGCUAUUGCGAUCCGACGAAAUGUCAGACUUGACCAGACUGAUAGACGAACAAUCUCCGAUUCCAAGGACUCCGCAGGAUCAGGAUAACGUAUCGCCUGUCCGCGUCAAGGACCAGCAGACGGAACUUUCCCAGACCGAGACGGCGAGCAAGUCCGGCAAAAGCCCGACGAAACGUCGUACAAAUGAUGAGCGAGCCAAAUUGAAGGCGAAAACUCGCAGCCUCGAUAUCGAGGAACUGAUUCGGGCCGGCUCGACCGACGACCUUCUCGGCAUCGAGUUGAGCAAUCUCUCCUCCUCGUCCUCCUCGUCCCGGCAGCGGCCGAAGAAGAAGCGGCAUCAGCAGAUCUCCAGCGGUUAUUCCACCCUGAGGAGCGAGGCCUCUGGCGAUCUCGAGCAUAACGCGGAACGCAGCUUCCUCGUGGUGGGCAGAAAGCCUUACCGCGAGGUGGCCGUCGAUUGUCCGCCGGAUUUCGUGCCGGUCACCAAGUGCCACCCGAUAUACCCGCCGCCGAAUAAGACCCCCGGCAACAGCAAGCACAACACCCUCGAACCGAAGCGCGAUCGCCCGGGCGUCGCUAACGAGGAGAGUUCGUGCGCUACGACAACGACGACGAUGACCAUGACGACUACGACGACCACGCUCGUAGCCUCCCCUCGCCUCUCCCCGAACGAUAAUAGCUUCACGACGCUGUCUAGUGCCGACGGUAGCGCUAAAGAGACCGUGGUCGCGCGCACGGUAGACCGUAAGCACAGCUUGAAGAAGGUAAGGUCCAGAGUCAAGAGCUUGAUAUGCGACAGCUUACAAUCUAUCCUGCACCACGAGCAUGGCAUUUCGCUUAACGCUUACCGCACGCUUAACGCACCGACAUAUUCUCACUCCGGUGAUCCUGUCUUGCGAUCGUUUGUCAUGAAGACGGAAAAUUUUAACGAGUUCUCGCGAACGCGGAACUCGUUUGACGAACGAGAUGGGAAGCUCUUCCGGGAUCGAGGAGUUGAGAACCCUUGUUUCGAGGACGAUUCCUCGCGUCGAAGUUUCUUGGAAAGCAGAGAACGUCCGUUAUCCUCCGUUCUUGGAGAGGAGUUUCCUAAAAAUUGCCAGAACUCCUUCCGCGGGGAAGCUGAAACUAAUAACAUGACCUCUUCCUCUUUUCCAAAAGCGACCGGCGAUUCUAUGUGCUUGAAUCGCCGGUCGCUCUCCGGUUUCCAGGACAAAGUCGUGAGCUCUUGUCAAGAAAAACUUCUUGAUUUCGGGAAUGAAACCGAGGAGGUUAUCUUCUCCGAUUGUUCGAAUGAGAUUAAUUUGUUGCCCAAGGAAGGUAUCGCGUUUUUCAAAGUCGCGGACCAUCCCGCAAACAUCUCCGAUCAAUUAUCCUUUAUUCAAGAGACGAAUCAGAAUUCUCGGAAUUUCUUGCGCGAGUUUUCUUCCAUAAGGAAGCGUGUUGGGCGUUUAUCCAAUAAUACGCGUUUUUCUGAUAAUUUUUGUCCACAAGAAAAGGAACGUGACAGCCCUCACUGUCUUGACGAUUCCCCGAAGACGCAGAAUGAAAAGAAUUCGAGGCUGUCUUUCGAGUACGAAUGUUCCAAGUUGUUGGACGUUCCGUCUAUGCUAUCCAACAAUGGCGUGAAAUUUCGCGUUAGUUGGAGAAGCGCGUCUGACCUUUCAAAUUUAACAGUUGGUUGCCACUCGGUAAUUAAAAAGAGAUCCUCUUCAUUCCCUAACUUUGUCUCGAUGCCGGAAAUCACGUUCUCACGACCCACCAAUGGGGGGGAUAAGGUUGAUCAUCCGGUAGUCUUACAUGACGGACUUCCUGACGAACGUACGAAGCAGAGCGCACCAAAAUCACCGAUGCACACUUUGAAGAAUUGUUCGCUCAAGUCGCACGUCGACGCUCUCGAACAGCAGGCCGGUCUCAAUGGAGUCAAGCCUGCCAUCCCGCCUCGCGAUCAGAAGAGGGCACCUGCCAGACCGCCGAAAGAUAAUCUGCGCCUCGCCACGCAGAACAAUAAUGUCGAGACGAGUGAUAACGCCAACGCCGAGCCGACGCAACAGCAGCUUCAUUCUAUCAGGAAAUAUCAGGAGCAGUUACGAAAACGUAAGGAUGAGGAGGAGAGGCAGGAAAUGCUCAGUCGUUCUCUCCGUGGCUCUAAAAAGCUUCAAGCUUUGGAGAGCCACGCGACGAGCCUUAGUGGCCAAGAAAAUCUCGCUUACGCACAGGACGAGGUGACCACCGGCGUCAGUCGAGUCACGCACGCCAUUUCUAAUGCAGUCCAAGAAGUGGAGAAGUCCCCCAGGCCUCCCACGUACGGCGAGAUUGUUGCUGCGCUGGAGAGUCUGCAGCUCAAUGCUCCCGAUAUUUCGGGUUCAGCUGUUGAAGCCGAGUUCGAGGCACUCCGGACACUUUUGGUGCGGAAUUCUGUUGUGUCCGCUUUGGUGAUUCGUCACAUUUUUCAUAAUCAACUGAGGACGAGCAAGAUUUUUAAACAUCAUGCCGAAGACGCUUCGAGUUUAGCGCGAGACUGCGUGGAUAUCCUUGAAAAAUGGCAAUCGUCGUCGACCGCAACAGGUGUCGGCGGAGCAGAAACAAUAGCCAUAGAGGAGUUAACGAGUAUUUUAACAAGUUACGACAUGGAAGCUCUGCUUCUAGCGCACGACUCUAUCCUCUCAUACGUGGAAGGCUUAAAAAGAAAGCAGAGCCCGUCGUCCUCGCCACCCAGCGGCCCGCCCAGCCCGACGUCCAGUUGGAAAGAUUCCCGAGUGGAAGAUAACAUUAAAAUCAUCCGAAUUGAGAAAACCAACGAACCUCUGGGUGCUACUGUCAGAAACGAAGGGGAUGCGGUGAUCAUAGGACGUGUCGUUCGCGGUGGUGCGGCGGAUAAGUCAGGACUCCUGCACGAGGGCGACGAGGUUCUCGAAGUAAACGGAGUAGAAAUGCGCGGCAAGAACGUCAAUGAGGUCUGCGACAUUCUCGCUGGCAUGCAGGGUAGUCUCACGUUCUUGGUACUUCCGGCUCCGACGAACCACAGAAAUAAUUUAAGGAGAGAAGACACGACACAGAUACAUAUACGAGCGCAUUUCGAUUACGAUCCUGAAGAAGACCCGUACAUACCGUGCAGAGAAUUGGGCGUGAGUUUUCAAAAGGGCGAUGUACUUCACGUAAUUUCCCAAGAGGAUCCUAACUGGUGGCAAGCAUAUCGAGAAGGCGAAGAGGACCAGACACUAGCUGGUCUGAUACCCAGUAGAGCGUUUCAACAUCAGCGAGAAUCCAUGAAACAGACGAUAGCCGGCGACAAGUCGACGGUGCGAGGCUCGAAAAAGUCUAGCACACUAUUGUGUGCGAGAAAAAAUCCAAAGAAGAAAAAACGAAACAAGUUCGGCGCAAACUUCAAUGACGAUGGGUAUCCACUUUACGCGACAACUGCCAUAGACGAUUACGACAGCGAGGAAGUGCUGACGUACGAGGAAGUCGCCUUAUACUAUCCUCGUGCAAAUCACAAGAGGCCAAUUGUACUCAUCGGACCACCUAACAUUGGACGACACGAACUCAGGCAGAGAUUGAUGCAGGACAGCGAACGUUUUGCCGCAGCGAUUCCUCAUACAAGUCGUCCGAAAAAGGAUUCCGAGGUCGAUGGACAAGACUAUCACUUUAUUUCUCGUGCUCAGUUCGAGUCUGAUAUUCUCUGUCGGAAGUUCGUCGAGCACGGCGAGUACGAAAAAGCGUAUUACGGCACGUCCGUGGAGGCCAUCAGGACAGUGGUUAAUUCCGGGAAAAUCUGUGUCUUAAACUUGCAUCCUCAGAGCCUCAAGAUCCUGCGGAAUUCGGACUUGAAGCCGUACGUUGUAUUCAUCGCGCCUCCGAGCCUCGAGAAGCUGAGGCAGAAGAGGAUCAAGAACAACGAGAGCUUCAAGGAAGAGGAGCUGAAGGACAUAAUUGAAAAAGCCCGUGAAAUGGAGGAUAAGUAUGGUCAUCUGUUCGACAUGCUUAUCCUCAACAACGACACGGAUCGGGCAUACAAUCAGCUCCUCACCGAAAUAAAUUCCCUCGAGAGGGAACCGCAGUGGGUGCCUGCGUCUUGGGUGCAGUAACUGCCUGUUACUGAACCCAAGACAAAUCUUAAAUCUUCCCCGGUUAUUGUAUCGCAAGUACUACCCUGACAGAGUCUUCCGCGUAGUGUUGUACUUUGGUGCCAUGAAAAUGAUGGAGAAUCGACGGAAGCAAUCUUCGAAGGGAAAAAAAGAGAAGAGCCUACCGACAGGCAAUGUGAGCAGAUAGGCAGCAGAAAUCGCGCAGAGCCAAUCAACAGUUCUAGCAGGAUCUGCAGGAUAAUUUCUGCCACCCCAAUCUGCUGUCUGAUUCUGUUAUACUUCUGUUGGCGUUCUGUCAACAUUAUGUGAUAUAUCAGAACAGGCAUCAAAUCUGUAGUCUUUCUGCCGACAAACUUUGUAGCAGAUACUUUACAAGAUCUGCUUUUGACAGACCUGGCUGUCUGGGAUAUAUCACCGUGAUGAGACGGACGAGGCUCGGUUGCAUCAACGAUGUUUCGAAUUUGAGUGAAUAUAUAAUCAAAUAGCGGACGAUAAUCGGCCAAAAAAUUUAAAUUUAAGUUACGCUUAAAUUUCCAACAGAGUUGCUGCAGUUUAGCCUACUUUUCGUGUCUCAUUACUUUAGUGAGAUUACUUUGGCAAGUAAUCUCGACUGAAAUACGUUUGUACGUCGAGUUCGAGGUAUUUACGGUUAUAUUCUCAUGACUGACAUGCGAUUAACAUUAUUAUAUAGAUGCGCGAGUAUACAAAAAGUAUCAUCUCGGUGCGCCAAAGCACAUCUGCCGAGCGUUUUGCUCUUUCUACAUAUUAGCCCGUUGUACGUGAGGAAAUGUACCUGACCUGAUGUUUCCUAAAAGUGAAAAAUUUCUAACUUAGGGGAGGGACUCGUGAAAAUAUCAUGUAAUUUUCUAUGAUCCGUGCACAAUACGUUUUGAUAAAUUUUGAUAAGUGGAAACCGGAGCUUCGAUCCAAAUUUUUUAAAAGACUCAGCGUAGCACGUGCGGAUGUUACAUUACGAAAUCUGUGCAUUAUAAUUAAUUUUACUUUACGUUAUCGCGAAUCAAUCAUACAUCACGCGACAUAUAUCGAACUUUCGCGUACGAUCAUAGAGAGUCGCAUUGUUGUUUUUUUCACGUGAAACUUGAGUUAGAAAUUUUUGGCAAUUCCGCUAUUCUAACCAGGCGGAAGCUGUUAUAAAGGAACAAAAAAGGAAUUUCAAAAACGACGAUCCCACAAACAUAACGAUACACAGAGCGUUUUCUCGAACGCAAGAGGAAACGUCUGCGAUCUCGAAGAAGGCGAAACUCGCUAACGUUUUACCGUUCGCCCUAGACAAUGUUUGUUUAGAGAGCAGAAACUCGUGUUUCGAACUCGUAGAACUCGUUAAACGCAAUAGACUUAGGCUCGACUGCGGUAUACAAGCUUUUGGAAAUUUCGCAUAAAACGAUUGUUUCUCCUGAGUGUUUUUUUACAGGGAGCGAUUAUUACGCGACGCGAUCGAAUAGAAUAAACGGUGUUUAUCUGUGUAUCAUUGUAUCGCUACGAAAUAGGGAUCGAUGCGAAAUAGAAAGAAAAAAAUGUGUAUUAGAGAGAGCGAGAGCGAGAAAAAGAGAUCAUUGUGGUUUUUAGUUGGAAAUUAUUCGAUAAAUGCAAGUGCGCGGUGUGUGUCUUACAGGUAUUCUUGCGUCAGCAAUAAUUGUGUAUCGAAAGAUAACAUUUCUGUAUUUGUCUUUUCUUUUCUUUUCUUCGAUGACUCUAAAGAGCUCCGGUAAACUCGGUAAUGAUGUGUCGUCAGUUCGUAUAGAGAUUGUGGGCUACUGUGUCGUGAUUAGAUCAGCCGUAAUGUUAGUCGAUCCAGCGAGAAAAAAAAAGAUAGGUACACUAAAUUCAAUGUGAAACAAGUUGUAAAAGUGAACGCGCGACGUAGAGGGAUGUGUCUUCGGUGAAAAAUAAAAAAUCGUUAUCUCAAUUUUUAGCUAUUUAAAAUCGAUCUUCUAAGAGCCAAUCGAUGCAUGACGGUUCAAUAUCGUGCCAAGUAUCAGACCGCAUGCGAAAGGACGCAAGAAAACUGAGAUGUGCCAAAUGAUUCUGGAUGUUAUAUUUCCAGACGAAUCCAAGUUUUAAAAUGCGCUCAAGAGGCACCUUAGACUUUGUCAUUAUAUUGAUUAUGUAAAUAAUUGUGCACUUGUGUAUAGAGAGAGAAAACGAGAGGAAGAGAGAGAAAGCAAGAGAAAGGGGAGAUCGAAGAGGGGAAGGAUAGUUAUUCGAAUUCAUCAUUAUUAUUUUUCUAAUUAUUAUUACCCGAAUUAUUAUUAUCAUUGUUAUUGCAUGUGCUGUUUUGUCGAGUGAUCAUGGGCAUCGUGGCAGACAGUUGUUAACGUGUGUGACCCUCUGCGUAAUAAAUAAAUGGACGACAUAAAUCCGCUAUGUCGUGUCUUAAAUCAACCCGGAUGCAUAUUUGUAUCAAAUCAAAGCGAAUCAAAUUUUUCGACGGCAGUUCCUCACUUGGCAGACCUGCUACUAAUUAUCGUCAUAAUUAUGAUCAUUACACGCAUGAUUCUGAUUAUCGUCAUGAUUAUGUGAACAACAACGGUGAAAGUAUGUACAUUAUUAUUCUUAUAAUUAUUGUUAUUAUUAUUAUUCAUAUUAUUAUUAAUUAUAUUGAUUCCACGUGUAAAAUAA